GGAUGAGAGAGAAUGUUCCGGAGGAGGCUCGACCCGCUGCAGGGAACCCUCUACCUCCACAGAUCUUCAACCAGGACAGAUACUGCGGGGAGGCUGAGGCCCUAGCCAAGAGAGAGCAGCAAUAGUUCCACAGUGCUCCUUCCUCCAACCACAGACCAGACCAGACCAUGACCAAGCCAGAGCCUGCUGGGCAGACCAUACCAUAUCAUUCUCACUUUGUUAGAGGUCAGGGGGUUCUUUCCAGAUGUUUAGUUUAGUUGUUGUUGUUGUUGUGUCUCAUGCUUCAGCUGUGCCUUAUCAGCUGGGUGUGAGGAGGUACUGAAGCAGAGCAUGCUGGGUACCCAUGAGUCCCUCCGCUGGCCUUAAAACCUGUUGUCUGAAUGUCUCCACACCUGAUGUCAUGAUGUCCCAGUCAGUCUGAAUGCAUGUCCUCUAGAAGACAGGAUGUACUAUCAGAGUAGCACUUCUCUAUAAUGUUAAACACAACAAUGUUGCCUUCCUCCUCUCUCCAAAUGUCCCAGCUGUCCUCCUGUCUACUUCUUCCUCUCCCUCCACUAUUCUCAGCAAUCUUACCAUCUUCUGUUCUACAGAGAACACGGCACCUAGAUGCUAGUUGUUUUAUGUCUGAGGCCCUGUGACUUAAUGUUUUGAUCUGCUUGUUUUGAUAGAGAUGAAAUGUGAUAAAGAUAACAUGAAGUAAUACAAAUAUAACAUGCCAAAAUAUACAUCUGUAACGGAAGCAGAGAGGUGAUGUAUUAUUGUAAACAUGUCUGUAUACCGCUAACUACUCAAUUCAGAUUCACACAUAUACUGGUCAGAAUGUUUGUUCAGCUUGGUGCCAUAGUAUAAUAUGAUCCAUAUAAUCUCUCCUCUCUUCUCUGCCUCACCAUAAUAGUCUUAUUUUUAUGUACAAUAAAGAUCUGAGAGUUGUUUUACUGGUUAUAACAGCGUUGUGCGUUGAUACUAUCACACAUUGACUGUCCAGAAACUGUAUAGGCUAGUGGCAAGGCCUCCCGAGGUGGAACAAAACACAACCAUGUCUUUUCACAUCUCUAAUGUCUCCUCCCAAAUGGAUGGUAGAAUGAUGUUGUGACAGAAACUCAUGGAACCCAAUAUUGCAAGUGCUGAUAUUGCAAAAAAUGUGGAAUUACAAGUAAUCUGCUCUCUUACAUACUUUUAAUGUCAUCUUGUAAAUAUCAACUAUGAAUUUAAGUUUUACUUUUUGGUAGCUGAUUAAUAGAUAAGUCAAAUGUUCUCUCAUUCAGUGGUCCUGUCUGACAACAAUACACACAGUUACACAUGUCUUUUGGUGUAGUUGCUAUUGUAAUCAUCUCUAAGGAAAACAAGUGUGCUCAGAGAUCAAAAUGACAUUUUUUGGGGGCCAAGGCUCCAUUUGGGGUCCAUACAGGCUGGUCCAGCAGAGGAGCUGGUUUGGCUGGUGACCAGCCCUGGCAGCGUUUUCGUGGUGCCGUAGCAGCGUUUUCGUGGUGCCUUAGCAGCGUUUUCGUGGUGCCUUAGCAGCGUUUUCGUGGUGCCUUAGCAGCGUUUUCGUGGUGCCUUAGCAGCGUUUUCGUGGUGCCUUAGCAGCGUUUUCGUGGUGCCUUAGCAGUGUUUUCGUGGUGCCUUAGCAGCGUUUUCGUGGUGCCUUAGCAGCGUUUUCGUGGUGCCUUAGCAGUGUUUUCGUGGUGCCUUAGCAGCGUUUUCGUGGUGCCUUAGCAGCGUUUUCGUGGUGCCUUAGCAGUGUUUUUGCAGCAUAAGCUGGUCUCAAGUCACAUCAUGCAGGCUUGCAAAGUGAUUUCUAAUUCCUAUUAGGGAUAUCCAACAACUGGAACUUUUCUUCAGCCACAACAUGCAUUCAGAAUGACUGUCAGGGUCAGAAAGAUGAAUAAAUGACAUGACCUAAACACUCUACACUGGAACACGCCUCUAGAUGUGUCUUUGUGUUGGAUAAGAUUAAUUAAUCAGUCAAUGCAAUCAAACAAGCUAAGCGUCAGGAGAGACAAAGUAGAGUCGCAAUUCAACGGCUCAGACACAAGAGGUAUGUGGCAGGGUCUACAGUCAAUCACGGAUUACAAAAAGAAAACCAGCCCCGUCGCGGACCAGGAUGUCUUGCUCCCAGACAGACUAAACAACUUAUUUGCUCGCAUUGAGGACAAUACACAGUGCCACUGACACGGCCCGCUACCAAAACCUGCAGACUCUCCUUCACUGCAGCCGGCGUGAGUAAAACAUUUAAAUGUGUUCACCCUCGCAAGGCUGCAGGCCCAGACGGCAUCCCCAGCCGCGUCCUCAGAGCAUGCGCAGACCAGCUGGCUGGUGUGUUUACGGACAUAUUCAAUCAAUCCUUAUCCCAGUCUGCUGUUCAAACAUGCUUCAAGAGGGCCACCAUUGUUCCUGUUCCCAAGAAAGCUAAGGUAACUGAGCAAAACGACUACCGCCCCGUAGCACUCACUUCCGUCAUUAUGAAGUGCUUUGAGAGACUAGUCAAGGACUAUAUCACCUCCACCCUACCUGACACCCUAGACCCACUCCAAUAUGCUUACCGCCCUAAUAGGUCCACCCUGGGUCUCGACCCCGCCCUGUGCAACUGGGUACUGGACUUCCUGACGGGCCGCCCCCAGGUGGUGAGGGUAGGUAACAACAUCUCCAUCCCGCUGAUCCUCAACACUGGGGCCCCACAAGGGUGCGUUCUGAGCCCUCUCCUGUACUCCCUGUUCACCCAUGACUGCAUGGCCAUGCACGCUUCCAACUCUAUCAUCAAGUUUGCGGACGACACUACAGUGGUAGGCUUGAUUACCAACAACGACGAGACAGCCUACAGGGAGGAGGUGAGGGCCCUCGGAGUGUGGUGUCAGGUAAAUAACCUCACACUCAACGUCAACAAAACAAAGGAGAUGAUCGGGGACUUCAGGAAACAGCAGAGGGAGCACCCCCCUAUCUACAUCGACCGGACAGUAGUGGAGAGGGUAGUAAGUUUUAAGUUCCUCGGCGUACACAUCACGGACAAACUGAAUUGGUCCACCCACACAGACAGCGUGGUGAAGAAGUCGCAGCAGCGCCUCUUCAACCUCAGGAGGCUGAAGAAAUUCGGCUUGCCACCAAAAGCACUCACAAGCUUUUACAGACGCACAAUCGAGAGCAUCCUGGCGGGCUGUAUCACCGCCUGGUACGGCAACUGCUCUGCCCACAACCGUAAGGCUCUCCAGAGGGUAGUGAGGUCUGCACAAUGCAUCACCGGGGGCAAAUUACCUGCCCUCCAGGACACCUACAACACUCGAUGUCACAGGAAGGCCAUAAAGAUCAUCAAGGACAAUAACCACCCGAGCCACUGCCUGUUCACCCCGCUAUCAUCCAGAAGGCGAGGUCAGUACAGGUGCAUCAAAGCAGGGACCGAGAGACUGAACAACAGCUUCUAUAGAUUUACACAAUCCUGGACACAGGUUUUUUUCAUAGCUAAACGUGACGCAGAAAACGGACCAAUUUGUCAACACAAAUAAUAUUUUUUGUAAAAACGGAACAUUUGCUAUCUAACUGAGAGUCUCCUCAUUGAAAACAUCCGAAGUUCUUCAAAGGUAAAUGAUUUUAUUUGAAUCCUUUUCUGGUUUUUGUGAAAAUGUUGCCUGCUGAAUGCUAAUGCUAAAUGCUACGCUAAAUGCUACGCUAGCAAUCAAUACUGUUACACAAAUGCUUGUUUUGCAAUGGUUGAGAAGCAUAUUUUGAAAAUCUGAGAUGACAGUGUUGUUAACAAAAGGCUAAGCUUGAGAGCAAAUAGAUUAAUUUCAUUUCAUUUGCGAUUUUCAUGAAUAGUUAACGUUGCGUUAUGGUAAUGAGCUUGAGGCUGUAGUCACGAUACCGGAUCCGGGACGCAAGGCGCAAGAAGUUAAUAUAAUGUUUACAUACCCUACAUUACUCAUCUCAUAUGUAUACACUGUACUCUAUACCAUCUACUGCAUCUUGCAUCAUCUGUGGAUAUGUUGGGGCGGUAUGCAAAUUGGAGUGGGUCUAGGGUUUCUGGGAUAAUGGUGUUGAUGUGAGCCAUUACCAGCCUUUCAAAGCACUUCAUGGCUACGGACGUGAGCGCUAUGGGUCUGUAGUCAUUUAGGCAGGUUGCCUUUGUGUUCUUGGGCACAGGUACUAUGGUGGUCUGCUUGAAGCAUCUUGGUAUUACAGACUCAAUCAGGGACAUGUUGAAAAUGUCAGUGAAGACACCUGCCAGUGUAGUAUGAUUCAAUCUUAGCACUGUAUUGACGCUUUGCCUGUGAUGGUUCAUCGCAGGGCAUAGUGGGAUUUCUUGUAAGCUUCCGGGUUAGAGUUCCGCAUCUUGAAAGCGGCAGCUCUACCCUUUAUCUCAGUGCGAAUGUUGCCUGAAAUCCAUGGCUUCUGGUUUGGGUAUGUACGCACAGUCACUGUGGGGACGACGUCCUCAAUGCACUUAUUGAUAAAGCCAGUGACUGAUAUGGUGUAGUCCUCAAUGUCAUCGGAAGAAUCACAGAACAUGUUCCAGUCUGUGCUAGCAAAACAGUCCUGCAGUUUAGCAUCUGCUUCAUCUGACCCCUUUUUUUUAUAGACCGAGUCACUGGUGCUUCCUGCUUUAAUUUUUGCUUGUAAGCAGGAAUCAGGAGUUGUGGUCGGAUUUACCAAAUGGAGGGCGAGGGAGAGCUUUGUACGGCGUCUCUGUGUGUGGAGUACAGAUGAUCUAGAAUUUUGUUCCCUCUGGUUGCACAUUUAACAUGUUGAUAGAGAUUUGGUAGAACUGAAUUAAGUUUCCCUGCAUUAAAGUCUCCGCCACUAGGAGCACCGCCUCUGGGUGAAUGGUUUCCUGUUUGCUUAUUUCCUAAAACAGCUGACGGAGUGCGGUCUUAGUGCCAGCAUCUGUCUGUGGUGGUAAAUAAACAGCCACUAAAAGUAUAGCUGAGAACUCUCUAGGCAAGUAGUGUAGCCUGCAAUUUAUCACAAUAUACUCUACUUCAGGCGAGCAAAAUCUAGAGACUUCCUUAGAUUUCGUGCACCAGCUGUUGUUUACAAAUAUGCACAGACCGCCCCCCCUCCUGGUCUUACUGGAGUGUGCUGUUCUAUCCUGCCGGUGCAGCGUGUAUCCCGCUAGCUGAAUAUCCAUGUCAUCAUUCAGCCACGAUUCCGUGAAGCAUAGGAUAUUACAGUUUUUGAUGUCCCGUUGGUAGGAUAUUCGUGACCUUACCUCGUCUAGUUUAUUGUCCAAUGAUUGCACGUUGGCGAGUAAUAUUGACGGUAACGGCAGCUUUCCUAGUUGCCUUCUGCGGGUCCGGAUGAGGCAUCCAACUCUUCUUCCUCUGCGUCGCUUCUUUUUGCGAAUAAUUGGGAUGUCUGCCUUGUGGGGUGUUUGGAGAAUAUCGUGUGAGUCCUGCUUGUUGUUGAAGAAAUCUUCGUCUAAUCCGAGGUGAGUGAUUGCUGUCCUGAUAUCCAAAAACUAUUUUCUUCCAUAAGAUAUGGUUGCAGAAACAUUAUGUACAAAAUCAUUUACAAAUAUCGCAAAAAAACAAACACAUGAUAGCACAAUUGGUUAGGAGACCGUAAAACGGUGGCCAUCUCCUUCGGCGCCAUUUACCACCCUUACCUUGUCACGACACAAUUGAUUGGCUCAAACUUAUUAAAUGAACUUUUAACAAGGUACACAUGUUAAUUGAAAUGCAUUCUAGGUGACUACCUCAUGAAACUGGUUGAGAGAAUGCCAAGAGUGAGCAAAGCUGUGUCCUGUGUGAAUGUAAGUAUGCUCCCUCUAAUUCUCUCUCUCUCCCUCUCCCCUCCCGGAGGACCUGAGCCCUAUGACCAUGUCUCAGGACUACCUGGCAUGAUGACUUCUUGCUGUCCCCAGUCCACCUGGUUGUGCUGCUGUUCCAGUUCCAACUGUUCUGCCUGCGGCUAUGGAACCCUGACCUGUUCAUUGGACGCGCUACCUGUCCCAGACCUGCUGUUUUUGACUCUCUCUCUCUACUGCACCUGCUAUGAUCGGCUAUGAAAAGCCAACUGACAUUUACUCCUGAGAUGCUGAUCUUGAUGUGCUGACCUUGCAACCUACAACCACUGUGAUUAUUAUUGUUAGUUGACCCUGCUGGUCAUCUAUGAACGUUUGAACAUCUUGGCCAUGUACUGUUAUAAUCUCCACCCGGCACAGCCAGAAAAGGACUGGCCACCCCUCAGAGCCUGGUUCCUCUCUAGGUUUCUUCCUAGGUUCCUGCCUUUCUAGGGAGUUUUUCCUAGCCACCGUGCUUCUACAUCUGCAUUGCUUACUGUUUAGGGUUUUAGGCUGGGUUUCUGUAUAGCACUUUGUGACAUUGUUUAAUGUAAAAAGGGCUUUAUAAAUACAUUUGAUUGAUUAA